CAGAAAUAUAUCAUAUUUCUGGUACGUUCCCAGCAGAGUUCUCAGACAAAACAUGAAGCAGAGGCUCCAUUAGUAAUAAUCAGACAGACAUUAAUUGACUGGUUCCAAGAUGGCGAUGAUACUUCCGACGUUGGUUUUUCUGGGAUUCUUGUCGCUUCAGAUUCAUUUGAUCUUCUCUUUCACUGAUCCUCAAGAUGUUGCAGUAGUAAGAUCUUUAAAGGAUAUGUGGCAAAACACACCACCCAGUUGGGAUAAAUCAGAUGAUCCCUGUGGAGCCCCUUGGGAAGGAGUCACCUGCAACAGAUCCAGAAUCACUUCACUGGGAUUGUCAACUAUGGGCCUCGAAGGCAAACUGAGUGGAGACAUUGGAGGUCUCACUGAGUUAAGAUCCUUGGACUUGUCGUUUAACAGAGGUUUGAAGGGUCCUCUGUCUCCACAAUUAGGAGACCUCAAAAAUCUAAAUAUAUUGAUUUUGGCUGGUUGCAGCUUCAGCGGCAAAAUUCCAAAUGAAUUGGGAAAUCUCUCCGAACUUUCAUUCUUGGCAUUAAAUUCAAACAACUUGUCUGGAGAUAUACCAACUUCAUUGGGUAAUCUUUCCAAAUUAUAUUGGUUGGACUUGGCAGACAAUCAAUUAACAGGGCCAAUUCCCGUGUCCACUCCCACAUCUCCUGGAUUAGACAUGCUUUUAAAGGCCAAGCACUUCCAUUUCAAUAAGAACCAGCUAUCAGGUCCCAUUCCACCAAACCUUUUCCACUCUGAGAUGGUACUCAUUCAUGUGUUAUUUGAUGGGAAUCGUUUAACAGGCACAAUUCCAUCAACAUUAGAAUUAGUUCAAACACUUGAAGUUCUUCGGCUUGAUAGAAAUUUCUUUACUGGAGAAGUCCCGUCAAAUCUCAACAACCUAACCAACCUCAAUGAAUUGAAUUUGGCACAUAAUAAAUUGACAGGUUCUUUACCAGAUUUGUCUCAGAUGGAUACUCUCAAUUACGUGGAUCUGAGCAAUAAUUCUUUUGAUCCUUCUCAACCCCCAUUAUGGUUCCAAACUUUACCAUCACUUACCACUUUAAUUAUGGAGUUUGGAUCACUCGACGGUCCUCUGCCAUCAAAACUCUUCAGCAGUCCCCAAAUACAACAAGUGAAAUUAAAGCACAAUACAUUGAACAACACUUUGGACAUGGGGGACAGCAUUAGCCCUCAAUUACAGCUUGUAGAUUUGCAAGACAACCAGAUUACUUCAGUAACACUCAGUUCUGGAUACAAAAAUACGUUGAUUUUGAUUGGAAAUCCAGUGUGCCUUACAGCUCUCUCAAAUACCAAUUACUGUCAACUACAACAACGACCCAAAAAGCCUUACUCUACCAGCUUGGCUAAUUGUGGAAGCAAAUCAUGUCCUACUGAUCAGAAGUUAAGCCCGCAAAGUUGUGAAUGUGCCUAUCCAUAUGAAGGAAUUUUAUAUUUCAGAGGACCCUUGUUUAGAGAAUUAUCAAAUGCAAAUACAUUUCAUUCUCUUGAGAUGAGUUUGUGGGUGAAGUUAGGCCUCACUCCUGGUUCAGUAUCAUUACAAAACCCAUUUUUCAAUAGUGAUGAUUAUCUUCAAGUGCAAUUAGCACUCUUCCCACCAACAGGAACAUACUUCAAUAGGUCAGAUAUUCAGAGAAUUGGAUUUCGAUUAAGUAAUCAAACUUACAAGCCACCACCAGAGCUUGGACCAUAUUACUUCAUUGCAUUUCCUUAUGCUUUCCCAGUUCAAACUGCUUCAGAAACUCGUGGAGCGGCUUCUCUAAGCAAGCCUGUUGUCAUUGGGAUAGCAAUUGGUUGCUCAUUUCUGGUAUUGAGCCUCGUAGGGCUAGGGAUAUAUGCCAUUAUACAAAAGAAGCGUGCAGAGCAAGCCAUUGUGCUAAGCAGGCCUUUUGCGUCAUGGACACCUAGUGGGAAGGAUAGUGGAGGAGCUCCACAACUAAAAGGAGCGAGAUGGUUUUCUUAUGAUGAACUCAAAAAGUGCACAUCAAAUUUCUCCCAUAACAAUGAGUUAGGAUUUGGAGGUUAUGGCAAGGUGUACAAAGGGGUGCUUCCUGAUGGACAAAUGGUUGCAAUAAAGCGAGCCCAACAAGGAUCAAUGCAAGGAGGACUUGAGUUCAAGACUGAAAUUGAAUUGCUUUCACGAGUUCAUCACAAGAAUCUUGUUGCCCUUGUAGGCUUCUGCUUUGAACAGGGAGAGCAAAUGUUAGUUUAUGAAUAUAUGCCUAAUGGAACACUCAGGGAUUGUUUAUCAGGUAGAUGUGGAAUUUAUCUAGACUGGAAGAGGAGGUUAAGAGUUGCUCUCGGAUCAGCAAGGGGACUUGCUUAUUUACAUGAACUUGCUAACCCUCCAAUAAUUCAUAGAGAUGUCAAGUCCUCUAAUAUCUUGCUAGAUGAGAAUUUGACAGCAAAAGUUGCAGAUUUUGGCUUGUCAAAGUUAGCAUCAGAUAGUGGAAAAGGCCAUGUUUCUACUCAGGUUAAAGGCACAUUGGGGUAUCUUGAUCCUGAAUAUUACAUGACACAGCAAUUGACCGAAAAGAGUGAUGUGUAUAGUUUUGGGGUUGUGAUGCUCGAACUUAUAACUGCGAGACAACCUAUCGAGAAAGGAAAGUACGUUGUGCGUGAAGUGAGGUCAUUGAUAAAUAAGAAUGAACAAGAGUAUUGUGGUUUAAGGGACAUGAUGGAUCCAGUGGUUAUAGAAACUUGUAAUCUUGGGGGGUUUCGUACGUUCUUGGAUCUCACAAUGCAAUGUGUUGAGGAAUCAGCUUCUGAUCGUCCAACAAUGAGUGAAGUUGUGAAAGCUCUUGAAAUCAUUCUACAAAAUGAUGGCUUGAACACAAACUCAACUUCUGCUUCCUCUUCUGCAACAGACUUUGCACUUUCUAAGACUUCUCUCACACAUCCAUACAUGGAUACUUUCAGCAGAAAGGACAUUAAUGAGACCAAUAGUGCAUUUGACUAUAGUGGCGGCUAUACACUUCCUGCAAAAAUCGAGCCGAAAUAGAACCAAACUAUUUAAAUUUGUCAAAAAUACUGUUGGUAGUUUUCAUGUCAUAUAAAUAUCAAGUUGUUUUCUACACUAUUUUUUCUGACAAGUAAGCUAUUGCAUUUGUAACUCAAAUGUUAUUAAUUCUUUAUCAGCAAUUUUGUAGUCAUUAAAAACUACACCAUAUCUUAUCAUAGAGUUAACUACCUAACUAUAUUUUUUUCCAUCAAAAUUCUUAUAAUAAUUUGUCAAACUA